ACAACAACAACAACAACAACAAGACUCAACUACUACAUCUGACUCAGUUCGGUCUUCAUCAAAUACUAUCCCUGUUGGUACUUCAACAACAAAAACAAAAACAAAAACAACAACAACACCACAAUCGUAUGAAUACCUAUCACAACAACAGCAACAACAACAAUCAUCAUCAUCAUCAUCAUCAUCAUCUGAUCAACCUCAACAACAACAAACAUCAAUGUCACCUUCUUUACCAAAUACAGCUAAUGGAUCUUCCUCAUCCUAUGCUUAUAGACAACCAACCAAUACCUUAUCUCCUCAAAUGAUGAAGCAACAACAACAGCAAGCACCUUACAGUACUUCAAGACAAUACAAUUAUAGCUCAUUAGGCACACAGGAUAUUGUAUUACAACAACAACAUCCAUCUCAAAAUCAUCCUCAACAUACUUCUCAACAACAAAAUGUGCCUCAAGUCUACAAUCCAAUUGAUAUUAGUAAUAUGGUACAUGGAUCAGGUGUAUCAGGAGAUCUACCAGCAACAUUACCACCUUUGAAUUCUUCUAUACUCAGUACACCUAAUUCAACUCAAGGAUCUCCUAUUCGUCAAUUAUCACAAGGUACUCUGGCUCAGUAUCAACAACAUCAUAUGCAACAACAACCUCAGCAACAUCAUCAACAAACAUCACAACAAGGUUUGGAUAGACGUGUCCAGGAUUAUGAACAACAAGAAUUUGCGCCUGGAGUGAGUCCUUAUGGAUGUGGUAUGCCUGGAUGUUUCGCCAACUUUCCAAUGUCAAGUGGAUUAUUCUAUCAUAUGAAAAGUGGACACCCAAAUCUAGAUGGUAUUGAUAAACCUUAUCGCUGCGCUAUGCCUGGAUGCUCAAAACGCUACAAGAACAUCAAUGGUUUACAAUAUCAUCUUCGGGAAGCAAAAGGAUCAUCAGGACAUGGUAUUACUCCUCCAGGUGAAGAUGUAGGCAAGAAUUAUCGAUGUGAUGCUCCAGGUUGUAAAAAAGCCUAUCGAACAGCUAAUGGGUUACGAUAUCAUCAAACACAUUCACAUAGUAUACAACCUCAAGGAUUAACUCAUCAACAACAACAACAUCAACAACAACAACAACAGUUACAACAACAACAACAUCAUCAUCAUCAUCAUCAUCAACAACAGCUUCAACAACAUCAUCAUCAUCAUCACCAGCCACCUCGAGCAUCGCCUGCAUUAUUGAACCAUCAUUAUGCUGCUCAAUCUCAACAGGUCUUACCGCCUCCACCAUCACAUCCAUCUAUGUCACGUCAUCCUCAACAUGCCAUGCCUACCAUACCUUAUCAACCAUCACCUCAACAACAAAUACAUCAUCAUCAACAACAACAACAACAACAACAACAAGAUCAAUUUCGAUCAAGACGAGAUAACAACAAAUGGGCAUUAGACAACAAUAUUUGA